UAGCUGCGUCAGAGGUGAAAGGUUGUGACGGAGCCUGACAGCAGCGGCGCCGCCACACGCACGUUGUUGUUUUGUUGAUGCUGGACAUUUAAAAGGUUCUACUUCUUCUCUAGGUGUUUUGCAGCGUUGAUCUUCAGCCUUCAGGGUCCGGCGUGUCCUGAGGUGAGAUGAGGAACCUGAAGCUCCUGAAGAGCCUGCACAGCUCUGAGCUGCAGAGUCCCGGCUCGCCUCAGUUCCUGUGCGUGCGAGCAGACACGGGUUCACUGCUGGUCGCCUCUCAGUACUCCAUCACAGAGUAUGACCCUCGCACUGGACAGGUCGUCAGUGAAGCCUCGUUGACGGCCGAUGGUUUCCUCCCGGAGGACGGCAGUGGUGUGGUGGUCGGACUGCAGGACCUGGCUGAACUUGAGUCGGCGUGUUUGGCCACAGCCGGUGGCGAUGUUAUCCUCUUCAACCUCAACACCUGCCAGCUGGAGUGCGUCGGCAGCGUGGACAGUGGUCUGACGUCCAUGAGCUGGAGUCCUGAUGAAGAGCUCGUCGUUCUCACCACCGGUCAGGAAACGAUCAUCAUGAUGACCAAAGAGUUUGAGCCCAUCACUGAGGUUGGAGUCCACCAAGACGACUUUGGCGAAGGGAAGUUCAUCACUGUGGGCUGGGGGAAGAAGGAGACUCAGUUUCACGGUUCAGAGGGGAAACAGGCAGCACAGAAGAAGAUCCAGGAGGUGCAAGCAGUGUCUGCGUGGGACGACCGCCGGCCGCGGGUGACGUGGCGAGGCGACGGUCAGCUGUUUGCCGUCAGCGCCGUGUGUCCUCAGACGGGAGCCAGGAAGGUGCGUGUGUGGAACAGAGAGGGCAUCCUCCAGGCCACCAGUGAGACCAUCAACGGCCUGGAACAGGCUCUCUGCUGGAAACCUUCUGGCAGUCUGAUCGCCAGCACUCAACGUCUCCCCAACAAACACAGCGUGGUGUUCAUGGAGAAGAACGGACUGCUGCAUGGAGACUUCACCCUGCCCUUCAGCAAGGACCAAGUCAAGGUGAAGGAGCUGCUGUGGAACAGUGACUCGUCUGUUUUGGCCGUGUGGUUGGAGGACAUGUCUCCGUCAGAGGACGGACAAGUUAACACUUACAUCCAGCUGUGGACCGUAGGGAACUACCACUGGUAUCUGAAGCAGAGCCUGCACUUCGGCGGAGACCCUCAGCAGGCUCCCGUCUGGGUCUGCUGGGAUCCUGAGCGCCCCCUGAGGCUCCACCUGGUAAGACGCAGCUGGACCAGUGUCACGUACGACUGGGGCUGGACGACGGAGCGGAGCCUCGGGCUGGACGCCGCUGACGACGCCAACGUGGCUGUGAUCGAUGGAGAUAAAAUCCUGGUGACGACCUUCAGACGCGGCGUCGUCCCUCCUCCCAUGUGCUCGUUCGAGCUCACGCUCAAAUCUCCCGUCAACCAGGUGACCUUCCUCUGCCGUCCUCAGAGGACCAAUCAGCUGGCAGCAUUCACCGCUGAUGGACAGAUCUCCGUCUACAGCCAAGACUCGGGAGAAGAGACUGAGAAACCAGCGAACGGCUUCAGGAUUGUGUCUCGUCCUCUGGUUCUUCAGAAAACCUUCAGUGUAGCAGCGCAGAGAGACGACCCUCUGGCCCUGCGGCAGCUGCUGUGGCUGCAGGACGAGCUGUUUGUGGGCGUCACCUCCGGUCAGCUGCCGACCUCCUCCGCCCUGCAGGUGCUUCACCCGGCCGAGGACGACGGCGACGCACUUGUGAUCAGGUCUGAGGUAGAGGUGGACGGUGUUGUGGUCAGUGUGGUUCACUCGGCUCAGACUGGGACUGUGGCUCUGCAGCUGGAGGAUGGACAGAUCAGGAAAUUACUCUGGGAUUGUCCUGAACCGUCCGUGCAGAAUUGGCGAGACUCCAGCGGAUGUAACAUCAACUUCCCUGUCCCCUGCGUCCAGACGUCUCUCUGCAGCGUCAGUGGAGAGGAAUAUCUACUCGGUCUGACGGACAGAUCCCACCUGUACGCUGGAGACACGGAGCUGGCAUCUAAUGUGUCCUCCUUUGCCGUUUGCAACGACUUCCUCCUCAUCACCACACACUCUCACACCUGCCGCUGCCUCCAGCUGAGCAUGCUCACCGUCAAAGGGCUGCAGGCGGCCUUGGCCACAGAUAAAGGACAGAAUGACGAGACGCUGCGUCGGGUGGAGAGGGGAUCCAGGAUCGUCACUGUGGUGCCUCUGGACACCAAAGUCAUUCUGCAGAUGCCUCGUGGGAACCUGGAGACGGUUCAUCACAGAGCGCUGGUGCUGGCUCAGCUCAGGGAGUGGUUGGACGUUUUGAGGUUCAGAGAAGCCUUUGAGUGUAUGAAGAAGCUGAGGAUCAACCUGAACCUCAUUUACGACCACAAUCCAAAGGUUUUCCUGGAGAACAUUGAGACCUUCAUCACACAACUGACCUCCAUCAACAACAUCAACCUCUUCCUCACAGAGCUCAAAGAGGAGGACACAACCGGCAGCAUGUACCCGCGUCCUGAGAGCGGCCCAGUGCAGCCACAGCCACAGGUCUCUGCACUGAAGAAGGUCGACGUGGUCUGUGACGCUUUACGAAGCAAGAUGGAGUCAAUGGAUCCAAACAAGUUCUGUCUCUCGAUACUGACGACUCAUGUGAAGAAGACGGUUCCAGAGCUGGAGAUCGCGCUGCAGAAAGUCCACGAGCUUCGAGAGAACCCUUCUGAAGCUCCGGGUGCCGUUAGCGCUGAAGCGGCGCUGAAGUACCUCCUCUUCCUCGUCAAUGUCAACGACUUGUACGAACACUCUCUGGGAACGUACGACUUUGACCUCGUUCUCAUGGUGGUGGAGAAAUCUCAGAAGGAUCCCAAAGAAUAUCUUCCCUUCUUAAACAUGCUGAAGAGCCUGGAGCCAAACUACCAACGCUACACCAUCGACAAACACCUGAAACGCUACAGGAAGGCGCUGCUGCACCUCAGCAAGUGUGGUCAGGAACAUUUCCCUGAAGCUCUGCAGCUCGUCAGGGAGCAGAAACUCUACAGUGAAGCUCUGAGACUCUAUGAGUCAAACAGCGCUCAGUACAAGGCUCUGAGCUGUGUCUACGCUGAACACCUGGUGGAGCAGCAGCAGGCGGAGCAGGCCGGCCUGUUGCUAUGGCGAUGUGGAGAGACGGUCGGUGCCCUGCAGGCGUUCGCCAGCAGCUCCAGCUGGAGAAACGCCAUCUGUGUGGCUCAGCACAUCCCUCUACCACCUGACCAGCUCGCUCUGCUGGCCAGAGACCUGGCAGAGAAACUGACGGAACAGAGAAGAUUCUCUGAAGCUGCUCUGCUGCUGGACCAGUACGCUAAAGACUGUGAGGAAGCCAUCUUGGCUCUGAUCACAGGUGCAGUCUGGGAGGAGGCGUUAAGACUGAUUUACAUGCACAACAGACGAGACAUCACAGAAACAAACCUGAAACCUGCUCUGCUCGAUGGUGUGAACACACAGACUGUUUUCCUGGAGGCUCAGGUCACGACGUUCACGCGACACAGAAGCAGACUCUGUGUGGUCAGAGAGAACAAGGAGAAGGCCAGACUGGACCUGCUGGACGAGGACGGUCCAGAUUGUCCCGACGCCGAGCUUUACUCCGAGGCCAGCAGCGCGAUGACCGGCUCCAAAUACUCGCACAGCAACUCCCGCAUUUCCUCGAGGUCGUCAAAGAACCGGCGGAAAGCCGAGAGGAAGAAGCUGAGUCUGAAGGAAGGAAGUCCCAUGGAGGACCGGGCGCUCAUGUUCGCUCUGGGUGAAAUCAUCACCACUGUGGACAAGAUGAGAGAGGAAGUGCACGGUCUGCUGAGAGCGCUGGUGCUGUUCCAGUUUGACAAACACGCGGAGAAGCUGCAGUCGGCCUACGACCGAGCCCUGCAGAUGAUGGAGGGGGCGGUGCCAGAGGUUUGGCCGGAGAACGUCCAGAACAGUCAAGCUCCGCUCACUGGGCCAAACUCGACCGCAAACAGCAUCAUGGCGUCUUACCAGCAGCAGCAGAGACCUGCAGCUACACAAGAUUUGGAGGUGUUGGCGCCGCCAAAGAUGAGAAACGGCAUCAAGUGGAAGCUCGCUAUUCUGACUUAAAUUUCAUUUUUUUUUUAAACAUGUAUUUUUAAGUGUAACAGUCAAGUGUUAAAUAUGUAAUAAAUAAAGAUUCAGUUACCAAACAUA